CUUCGAGACACCGAAGAACAUCUUUGCGAAACGUCCACACCCCCAACUGUAGGAGAUUUUGCGCAAUGCAGAAAGACGGAGGCUUUUGCAGGUCCUCUAGGGUCGUGCCGACACAAAUUCCUGGGCAAAUUCCCCCCAGUCAAGUCGAUUUCCUGAAUCAAGUGCAACGCGAGAAAUGGCACAAGGUAAAUGGAAAAGUGAUUGCACUGGUCAGCGACGGAAUCGAAUAAUAUUAUUGCCGUUCCGGACACCAACCAAUUCUUACUAGGAGCAGUAGUAUGCGGAUGAAUCGCAUUCCUUUCAACUCUAAAGAGUGUUCUCCACUGAGUUCUCCCGACUGCGAUGAACCGUCGCCAUCACCGUCCGGAUCCCCAUACUCUUUGUUGUCGACUAUAUCUGUAGCACCUGCCUAACUUUGACCAUAAGAAAAAGAAAUGCACGGACUAUAAAUCGGCUAUUCGCUACCUCAUGAUAAUUUGCAGUCUCACUUUUUGCUUCUGCUCCGUUGUCAACGACGCGAAGGAAAGCGUAACGAUCCUUGUUGUGGGAGCUUCGGGAGAUCUCGCGAAGAGGAAGACCUACCCUGCACUUUUGGCUUUGUACAAGGCGAGUCUUUUGCCGUCAGUAACAAUCAUUUGGGGCUUCGCGCGGACCGAAAUGACUCAUUACGGUUUCCGUCAUCACCUGAAACCUUUUCUCAACGAUGCUGACGAAUGCGUAGUCGAUCAAUUCCUUUCUAUCUGCAACUAUCGACCCGGUUCGAGUUAUGGCGACUGGGAAAGCAUGGACUCUAUUCUGAAAGCAUCACCCUCAAGGAACCUUGUUGUCUACCUAGCAACUCCGCCGAACGUGUUUGCACAGUCUGCCGCAGUUCUGAAAAAAACGCUUACCCUAACACCGACAAAUGGUUUCGUCCGUCUUGUCUUGGAGAAGCCAUUUGGAAGUGAUACAGAAAGUUGCGAAACGCUGCUACGAACAUUGAACAACCAGGAAUGGUUGGAGCAACAACUGUAUCGUAUUGAUCAUUAUCUUGGAAAAGAAAUGGUUCAGAACAUACUUACUCUGAGGCAGCAAAAUCGCUGGCUGAACUCUCUUUGGAAUAAGGAUGCCGUGAAAUCGGUACAUAUUAUUUGUAAAGAAUCUUUUGGAACAGAUGGUCGCGGCGGUUACUUUGACCGCUACGGCAUCAUACGAGACAUAUUCCAGAACCAUUUAUUGCAACUGUUGACUUUAGUCGCCAUGGAUAUGCCGGAAAAAUCUUGUGCAACUAAACUUCGAAAUGCAAAACUGGAAAUUUUGAGAAAGAUACCUGUUAUAAAUCUAGAGGACUGUCUUUUUGGCCAGUACGAGGGCUAUAAAGACGACUCCUCGAUUGAAAAUCGAGAUACAGUCACUCCAACCUACGCUUGCAUUCGCACCUGGGUACAUAAUGAGACGUGGAGGAAUGUGCCCUUCGUCCUCGAAGCCGGGAAAGCGUUAAACGAUCGACUGUGCGAGAUAAGACUUCAUUUUCGAGGCGUAAAAAACGGUCAGCCGAACUCACUCGUUUUACGGCUUCAACCUGUUCCGACAAUUUUUCUGACGGCUAAUGUGAAAACCCCUGGAUUUUCCUACAAUCCUGUAAGUGCGCGCAUGCAAGUCGACUAUGGACAGGCUCUGAUGCCUGACGCAUACACUCGUCUACUACUCGAUGUGUUUCGAGGGAAGCAGGCAAAUUUUGUUCGGGAUGAUGAACUCCUGGCGAGCUGGAAGAUAUUCACGCCGAUCCUGAACCAAACUGAGCAAUUGAACAUAGUACCUGAACCGUACAUGCGAGGAUCCACUGGUCCCGACAAGAGGGUAGAGUUUCUGAGAUCAGUUGGAGCUAUCCCAUCAUGGUCACCUCCUCCGUCUGCACUUUGACGCGAAC